CGGUUCCCGCUAACCAUGGUUUGGUUAAGGUGGCUCUAGGGCUUCACAUAUAACCGGCCAGCUGCUUUUCGUUUCUUCCUUCCGUCGAGUGGCUCCUAAAGAAGGCGAUCUGAUCAGUCUUGUUCACUGCCUUCAGAUAAAACAACUGUAUCACAAUGGCAGAUGCUCAUGAGACUGAUAAGAACAUUGAGAUUUGGAAAAUCAAGAAAUUGAUUAAAGCGCUGGAAGCUGCAAGGGGCAAUGGCACGAGCAUGAUUUCUCUUAUCAUGCCUCCUCGUGAUCAAAUAGCCCGGGUAACUAAGAUGCUUGGAGAUGAAUUUGGAACUGCUUCUAAUAUCAAAAGUAGGGUCAAUCGUCAAUCUGUGCUGGGUGCAAUCACUUCUGCCCAGCAGAGACUUAAACUUUACAACAAGGUUCCUCCCAAUGGGCUUGUGCUUUACACUGGUACAAUUGUAACUGAUGAUGGGAAGGAAAAAAAGGUUACUAUCGACUUUGAGCCAUUUAGGCCCAUUAAUGCAUCUCUUUACCUCUGUGACAACAAGUUUCACACAGAAGCUCUGAAUGAACUGUUGGAAUCUGAUGAUAAAUUUGGUUUCAUUGUCAUGGACGGUAAUGGAACCCUUUUUGGGACAUUGAGCGGUAACACCCGGGAGGUUCUUCAUAAAUUUACUGUUGACCUCCCAAAGAAACAUGGAAGAGGAGGACAAUCAGCUCUUCGUUUUGCUCGUCUUAGAAUGGAGAAGCGCCAUAAUUAUGUGCGGAAGACUGCUGAACUUGCCACACAGUUUUUCAUUAAUCCUGCCACCAGUCAGCCCAAUGUUUCUGGAUUAAUACUAGCUGGGUCAGCUGACUUCAAGACUGAACUGAGUCAGUCAGAUAUGUUUGACCCACGGCUUCAAGCUAAAAUAUUGAAUGUGGUUGAUGUUUCCUAUGGUGGGGAGAAUGGUUUUAAUCAGGCAAUUGAGUUGUCUUCGGAAAUUCUGGCCAAUGUGAAAUUUAUACAGGAGAAGCGCUUGAUUGGCAAAUAUUUUGAGGAGAUAUCCCAGGAUACUGGGAAGUAUGUUUUUGGUGUGGAUGACACAAUGAAGGCUUUGGAGAUGGGUGCUAUUGAGAUUCUAAUUGUUUGGGAAAACCUAGACCUUACUAGGUAUGUGCUUAAAAAUAGCACCACAGGCGAGGUAAUCAUAAAGCAUUUUAACAAAGAGCAGGAGUCCAAUGAGAAGAACUUCCGGGAUUCAGCCACCUCUGCUGAACUGGAGGUUCAGGAAAAGAUGUCACUGCUUGAGUGGUUUGCUAAUGAGUACAAACGGUUUGGUUGCACUCUUGAGUUUGUUACCAACAAAUCGCAAGAAGGAUCCCAGUUCUGCCGAGGGUUUGGUGGAAUUGGAGGCAUUCUCCGCUACCAGCUUGAUAUGAGAACAUUUGAUGAUCUAUCUGAUGAUGGUGAAGUUUAUGAGGAUUCUGAAUAGCAAUUAUUCACUUCUAGCCCAUUGCUGGUGCAGGAAGAUGGAAUAAAAGGCCUGCACCUGCAGGCGAGCUAUCUUUUGCUCGCUGCCACUGAUCGAUACUUGUGCUAUAUAAGUUUUGUCCACUUCUUAUAGAGUGGAUGAAGCUUUCUUUCUUAUGGUGGCUUGAAUUGUGCAACGGAGAAGGAAGAAGGAUAUUAAACAUAGGUUCUUCCUAAGUGCUUCAAUUGGAUUCUGAGGAACUUCUGCAUCUAACAAGAUCAAGAUCCUGUUAUUUGCUUAAUGAUAUACAAAUGUAGAAUUUAAUGUUUGUUUUUUCGCUUUAAACUACUGCAUUAUGGUUGGCACUUCAACUGUUACUAUGGUGCUUGAUUAGAUUAAACUUCAUUUUUUAUUAAUGAGCUUGGUAUUAGACUAAACUUUAUUAUGGGUAAUGUGUUACACUGCUAGUUAGGAAUAUGACUGGAUGUGUUUGGGUGGCAUAAGGUAUGAUAUCGUGGAAUGUGCAAUGGUGGAUAUGCAUGAGCCACUAGUUCUUUUCCCUGUUUUUGGUGAUAAUGAAAGAGUGAGUUAUUAGAUUAUA